CAUAUUUUGGAAUAACACCAAAGUCGGCAUGCUAGCACCACAAGAGGUAAUCUACUUGUAUAUGACGUUCAGUGGUAGAUGUUCGAGAAUUCCAGACGAUUUGGUCUGGUUGUACAGCAUAUAUCAGUUAGAGAUCAAAGACGAGGCUGUUGCAGCGAUAAAAAAUGAAAAAUUCUCAACAAAGACUAUUCGAAAGAUCUGGCACCUGCAUGGAGCUGAGCAUGUAGCUAAUAUACUGCCUUUGGCAUGUGUUUUCUUUCGUGACAGCAAGAAAGGUCGUUGCCUAAGGAGGCAUACGGUACGAAUGGUUCCCGAACUCGAUGAAGAGGGGCUACUGGUGGAGGAGGAUGAAUACGAUCCGGAUUUGCAUGAUGAUCAAAGCGAAGAUUUACCGAGUGCCUUCGAAGGCGAUUUUUAGUUAUUUUCUGGGUCAAGUACAUCAUAAAAAGUUAUGUAAAAUAAAC